AUGUCUCUAAAUGCUCGUCCUAGUGGUGCACAAAAGAGGAAAGCCAAAAACAUUCGACUUGCCGAAACCAAUAAAUUACGACGUUCGUUGGAUAAAUUUUGUAAAAUUGCAAAAACUACCCAUGUCAACACAGAAGAAAAUCAUAACACUGCAACUACUUCUGUAAAGGAAAUACAAUUGGCCUUUAAUGAUGUAUUGGAAUGUACGGUGGAGAAUUAUAGUACAGACAAUGAAUUGGAACUCCAAGAAAAUGUGCCUGAAAAUAUUCUAGUUAAUUUGGCCAACGAUAAAACUUCUAUUGGUGUAAAUUUAAAUUCUAAGUAUCCAACAGACCGAGGAAAUUUUCCUGUUGAUAUUUUAAGCAGUGAUGUCAAAAGAUUAAUUGUUCAGUAUGGUCCAUGUAAACCAGUAAUGGAAUUUCCAUUGGAUACAAAUGUUAUUGAUGAUGUUGUAUCGAAGACUCACAGAAAUUAUGCCUAUUUUAAAUAUUCUUGGAUUGAAGGUAUAAAUGAUUGGCAGCAUUUAUCUCAAAAAAUUGCAAAACAUGAAAAAUCAAUUCAACACAUUGAAGCUGUAAAACUACGAACUAUAUGGAUUAAGAAUCAAACUAAAGAACAUUUUGAGGAAAUGAAGGAAAAGGAGAAAAAGCAUGUGAAGGUAAUUUUUUAAGAACAGUACGACUUCUUGCUGAAUUUGAUCCAGUUUUGAGUACAGUUUUAACUGUUGAAGAAAAUAAGGUCAAAUAUUUGAGUUGGAGUAUACAAAAUGAAGUAAUUGAUUUAUUGGCAACAAAUGUACAAAAUAUAAUUUGUCAAGAAAUUAGAGAAGCACCAUUUUUUGCACUUAUUAUUGAUUCUACUAAAGAUAUUUGUAAAGUAGAUCAAGUUAGUGUGAUAAUAAGAUAUACUAGUAUAAAUUACCCACA